GCCUGCUAUCUAUUUUUGCAAAACAGCUGUGAUUUCUCUUAGCAAAGCAACAUUUGAACUGAUUGCUUGCUACCAGAACCACGUUUUCUCGGCUAUUUUUUUGUUGUCGCUUCGGCUCACACAAUGUAUGAGGAUUUUGAUGAACCCCAGCCAAACCUACUGGUUCCUGACUGUGUCCAUGGUGACCAGAGAACCAGCGGACAAGAGAUGGUUCCUAGGAGCCUUGACAACUUCAGUGACUUUCUAAGAUUGAGAGGAGAGACAGGAGAGAGUUCCAGCCGUCACUCUGACAGUGAGGGGACAAGUUCUACCUCAGGAGAACCUGAACAACAGGAGGACAAUCAGACAGCCAAGAACACACACAGCUGCAGAGAGUGUGGAGAGGAGUUCCCUACCCAGCAUUAUCUAAGAAAACAUCGUAACACAACACACACAGGAGAGAAGAAGACCAGUCCCAAACCCAGGAAGAGCUACAGCUGCCUGGACUGUGGAAAGGAGUUCCCAUGUCCAUCUAAACUACAACGACACCUUCUGACUCACACAGGAGAGAGGCCCUGCUUCUGUUCUGACUGUGGGAAGAGUUUCACUCGGGAGGAACAUCUGAAGACACACCAGCGGUUCCACUGUUCUAAUGGGGAGGGCAGUCCCUCUAUAUCGGGAGAUCCUGAACAGGCAAAGAACUGCUGCCUGGAGUGUGGAAGAGAGUUCUCUAGCGCUUACAAACUACGCAGACACCUGCUGACACACACAGGAGAAAAACCUCACUCUUGCUCCGUGUGUGGGAAGAGUUAUACUUAUCUACACACCUUGAAAUCACAUGAGCUGAAACACACCGGGGAGAAGUCUUACAAAUGUUCCGUGUGUGAGAAGAGCUUCAACCAAAAGGGAAAUUUGAACCAACACAUGCUCGUGCACACUGGUGAGAAACCUUUCUCCUGCUCUGUCUGUGGCAAGUGCUUCACCCAGAAAGCCAACCUGACUGCCCACCAGCUCUCCCACACAGGAGAGAAACCUUUCUCCUGUUCCGUCUGUAGGAAGGGCUUCACUCAGAAAGCAUAUCUUAAACAACACCAGAAACUGCACACUGGAGAGAAGCCGUACGCCUGCUCCGAGUGUGACAAGAGGUUCACCUUCUGUACAUCCUUGAAAAGACACCAGCUGCAACACACAGGAGAGAAACCGGACUCGCUAAGUUUGAAAGAAAUACACCAGCAAUCGCACGGCAAAAAAGUCGAGGAGAGUCUCUCGGCAUCAGCAGCAGAACCUGAACAACACCAGGAGAAUCACAAAACUAAGACGUCGUCUCACUGCUGCUCAGAAUGUGGGAAACAUUUUAAAAAUUCAUCGUCUCUACACAUCCACGUGAGAAUCCACACGGGAAAGAAGCCAUACCCCUGCCCCGACUGUGGGAAGAAUUUUGCUACAAAAAUAAGUUUGAACUUGCACCAGAGGUCACACACAACAGAAGCAGAGAAACCCAUCCACUGUGAGGAGGAGAACACAUCACAGGGGCAGCAGAUGGUAUCUGAUAACCUACAGGACCUCUGUCAAACACUGGGUCUGAAGGCUAAAGUCGAAGAGGAGAAGGAAGAGGAGAAGGAAGAGGAGAAGGAAGAGGUGGAGGAAGAGGAGGAGGAGGAGGAUGGAGAAGGGGAGACGGAUAAUGCAGAGGAAGUUGGAGGGCUGAUUAAUUCUGAUGGAGAAGAAGUUGACUGGGAUUCUGUUCAACAUA